AUGGCGCCCCCUACACUAUCAGUGGCUGACCCCUCUCCAGUCCCUCACCAACACCUUAGAAAGGAUAGUCGGUGCCUACAGCUGGCCCUGGACAACCCCAUCUCUACGGAGACUUCCGUUCCACUGCAUCCAUCUCCUACUAAACUGAAGAUGCUGCGAGCCAUGAUGGAUUGGCAGCGUUGGACAGUGAAAUGGCUGUUGGCCGUUUCUGCUGCUCAAGUAACAGCCACCAAUGGAGAACCAUGGGAGUUUCUUGACUUCUCUCCAGAGCGCAGUGCUAUCAGUCUUCCCACCAACCUCUGCAAGGAGUCAGGGAAAGGAAGAGAGAAUAAUAGUUUCUACCCAGAGGAGGUGUUCUCUAUGGUUCUGACUAAAAUGAAGGAAAUUGCAGAAGCCUAUCUCGGCAAGCCUGUUACUAAUGCUGUGGUCACAGUGCCAGCCUACUUCACCGAUUCUCAGCAACAGGCAACAAAAGAUGCGGAAACCAUUGCUGGCCUCAAUGUGCUUCGAAUUAUCAGUGAACCAACUGCUGCUGCUAUUGCUUAUGGGCUAGAUAAGAAGGUUGGCGCUGAAAGGAAUGUGUUGAUUUUUGACUUGGGAGGUGGUACUUUUGAUGUGUCAAUCCUCAUUGUUGAGGAUGGAAUUUUUGAAGUCAAAACAACAGCUGGAGACACCCACGUGGGUGGAGAAGACUUUGAUAACAGAAUGGUCAACCAUUUCAUUGCUGAGUUUAAGAGAAGGCACAAGAAGGACAUCAGUGAGAACAGGAGAGCUGUCGGGCGUCUGUAUACUGCCUGUGAAUGGGCAAAGCGCACCCUCUCCUCCAGCACCCAGGCCAGUAUUGAGAUUGAUUCUCUCUAUGAGGGAAUCGAUUUCUAUACGUCCAUUGCCUGUGCUCGAUUUGAAGAAUUAAAUACUCACCUGUUCAGAGGCACCUUGGACCCUGUAGAAAAGGCCCUUUGAGAUGCUAAGCUAGACAAGUCACAGAUCCAUGACAAUAUCCUGGUUGGUGGUUCUACCAGAAUCCCCAAGAUUCAGAAGCACCUGCAAGCCAGAGCUCUCCAAGCCCCCUCCUCCACCUUAGUUCCCCCAGGUCACAUCAGGCCCUGUCUCCACCCCCCAUGGGUGUGGUCUAUGUCACAGUUGCGGACAAGGUGA